GGGGCCGUGCGGCUGGUUAGCUGGCCGAGUGUGAAACCGCGUGUUAAUGCAAGCGGCGCGCGCGGCUCGGCUCGGCUCGGCUCGGCGCGUCCCGCACGGACACGGCCGCGCGCCCGGCCCCGCACCCGCACCCGCACCGCUCAGCGCCGCCCGCCCCAGCCCAGCCCGACCCGGCCCGGCCCGGCCCGCCGGACGUCCCGAAGUCCAUCGCGGAGCGGAGCGGAGCCGUGCGGUGGGGCGGGGGGAGGAGGAAGAGGAGCAGCAGGAGGAGGAGGAGGAAGAGGAGGAUGCAGCCGCCGCCGCCGCGAUGCGCCGCCCUCGGGGGGCUCUGCUGAGAUGUGCGCCCCGGUGCGCGCCCGCCCGCAGCAGGCUGCAGCCGAGCCGUGGCGAGGAGGAGCGCCCCGUCUGAGAUAGCCCCGACAAGGACGCUUCCAGCCUUUUGCUUUUCUUUUUCUUUUUUUUUUUAAUUAUUUUUCAAUUAUUUUUUUUUCCCCCGUCCGACGGGGCGGGCGGCUUUUGUGUCCCUUUUGUCCCGGGCUCCCCCUCCGCAGCUCCUCCGGGCUCUGCGCGCCGUGCAUGUGCUGCCGGCGCUGCUCCGGCCGGGGCCGGCUGCGCGCAACCCCCCCUCGCCCCCUUCCUCCUCCUCCUCCUCCUCCUCCUCCUCGUUGUCCCGCCGCCCUCCCGUGCUCGGCGCCCCGCGGGCUGCCCAUGCCCCGUCCCCCCCGCCGGCGCCCGGGAGCAGCUCGGCCCUCCCCGGAGACUUUCCCUGUGCCCCCCGGCCUGUGACGGUCCCGUGCUCGCCGCUCCCCGCCGCCUGGAUUCCCCCAGCAGCCGAGGAGCCGCCCGGCCGUCGGGGCCGUCUGGUCCCGUCCCGUCCCCGGAGCGACAGCGACACAACCCCGGGGAUGUCCCCGCGGCGGGGGCACUGAGCGCCGCCGCCGCCGCCCCCCCGCUGCCCCUCGGGGCUUGAGCCGCGCUGCGAGGGAGCCCCCGCGGCGGCCGGAGCCAUGUUCCCGCAGAGCCGGCACCCCACCCCGCACCAGGCUGCGGGCCAGCCUUUCAAAUUCACCAUCCCGGAGUCGCUCGACCGCAUCAAGGAGGAGUUCCAGUUCCUCCAGGCGCAGUACCACAGCCUUAAAUUGGAAUGUGAGAAACUGGCAAGCGAAAAGACAGAAAUGCAGAGGCACUAUGUGAUGUAUUAUGAAAUGUCAUAUGGAUUAAACAUUGAAAUGCACAAACAGACAGAAAUCGCCAAGAGAUUGAACACAAUUUGUGCACAAGUCAUCCCGUUUUUGUCUCAGGAACAUCAGCAGCAAGUGGCCCAAGCUGUAGAACGUGCCAAACAAGUGACCAUGGCUGAACUGAAUGCCAUCAUCGGGGUGGGGGCAACAGAGAAGUGCAAGCAUAGCCUGUCCAGUCCAGAGUUCUUCAAUCAGCAGCAGUUGCAGGCUCAACAUCUCUCCCAUGGCCAUGGACCUCCAGUGCCUCUAACACCGCAUCCAUCAGGACUUCAGCCUUCAGGAAUCCCUCCACUCGGAAGCAGUGCUGGCCUCCUUGCCCUUUCUAGUGCUUUGGGUGGGCAGUCUCACUUGGCAAUAAAAGAUGACAAGAAGCAUCACGAUGCAGAACACCACAGAGACAGAGAGCCGGGCACAAGUAAUUCUCUGUUGGUCCCAGACAGUCUGCGAAGCACAGAUAAACGCAGGAAUGGCCCUGAAUAUGCCAAUGACAUCAAAAAGAGAAAGGUGGAUGAUAAGGAUUCCAGCCACUAUGACAGUGAUGGGGACAAGAGUGAUGAUAACUUGGUCGUAGAUGUAUCCAAUGAGGAUCCCUCCUCCCCACGGGCAAGUCCUACUCAUUCACCACGUGAAAAUGGUAUAGAUAAAAGCCGUCUGCUAAAGAAAGAUGCCUCUAGCAGUCCAGCAUCUACAGCUUCUUCAGGAAGUUCCACGUCCCUCAAAUCCAAAGAAAUGAGUUUGCAUGAAAAAGCCAGCACGCCUGUCCUGAAAUCCAGCACACCAACUCCUCGAACUGACGUGCCAACCCCAGGCACUAGUGCAACUCCAGGACUUCGUCCAGGCGUUGGCAAGCCUCCAACAAUGGACCCUCUGGUUAACCAAGCUGCUGCAGGUUUGCGGACACCUUUGGCAGUACCAGGGCCAUACCCUGCUCCAUUUGGAAUGGUGCCUCAUGCUGGCAUGAAUGGAGAGCUAACCAGUCCAGGGGCAGCCUAUGCCAGCCUGCACAACAUGUCACCCCAGAUGAGUGCUGCUGCUGCUGCAGCUGCUGUGGUUGCUUAUGGAAGAUCUCCUAUGGUUGGGUUUGAUCCUCCUCCUCACAUGAGAGUACCUGGAAUCCCUCCAAAUCUAGCAGGCAUUCCUGGAGGAAAACCAGCCUACUCCUUUCACGUUACUGCAGAUGGUCAGAUGCAGCCUGUUCCUUUCCCUCCUGAUGCCCUCAUUGGUCCAGGAAUCCCUCGCCAUGCCCGCCAGAUCAACACUCUGAAUCACGGGGAAGUUGUGUGUGCAGUUACCAUCAGCAACCCCACAAGACACGUGUACACGGGUGGCAAGGGCUGUGUUAAAGUCUGGGACAUCAGCCAGCCUGGGAACAAGAGCCCUGUUUCUCAGCUGGACUGCCUGAUGAUUUGUGUUGUACAGAACAGAGAUAACUACAUCCGCUCUUGUAAAUUGCUGCCUGAUGGAUGCACCCUUAUAGUUGGCGGGGAAGCCAGCACAUUAUCCAUAUGGGACCUGGCAGCACCAACUCCUCGUAUAAAAGCAGAGCUGACAUCCUCAGCCCCUGCCUGCUAUGCUCUGGCUAUCAGCCCUGAUUCCAAGGUGUGCUUUUCAUGCUGCAGUGAUGGGAACAUUGCAGUGUGGGAUCUGCACAAUCAGACAUUGGUCAGGCAAUUCCAGGGCCACACAGAUGGAGCCAGCUGUAUUGACAUUUCUAAUGAUGGUACCAAGCUCUGGACAGGAGGUUUGGAUAACACUGUCAGAUCCUGGGACUUGAGAGAGGGGAGACAGCUACAACAGCAUGACUUCACAUCACAGAUAUUUUCCCUUGGUUAUUGUCCUACUGGUGAAUGGCUAGCUGUGGGAAUGGAGAGCAGCAACGUGGAAGUGCUACAUGUAAAUAAACCAGACAAAUAUCAACUGCACCUUCAUGAAAGUUGUGUAUUGUCACUCAAAUUUGCUUACUGUGGUAAAUGGUUUGUGAGUACUGGGAAAGAUAACCUUCUUAAUGCAUGGAGGACUCCGUAUGGAGCCAGUAUCUUCCAGUCCAAAGAAUCUUCAUCAGUGCUUAGCUGUGACAUCUCUGUGGAUGAUAAGUACAUAGUCACUGGCUCUGGAGACAAAAAAGCUACAGUCUAUGAAGUUAUCUACUGAAAAAUAUGCUGGGGAUAUAACUUUUUAAAAGUUGAACUGGGCCAAAAUUGUUCUUAAUUAUAGAAGUAGAAAGGUUUUGCCUUUUAAAAAGGAAAAAGAGGAUUGAGGUUCCAGACCUUGUCAUGAAACUACUCCGAUUUUUCAAAGUAGAAGGCAAUGUCCAGCAACUAAAUAUUGGCUACGUGGACCAAACAGAACAAAGAGGCAAGAUGGACAGAUGUAGCCUAGUUUUUUGACGUAGAUUUUAAAGCAAAGUCUGCUGAAGAAUGUUGAAGCCUUUUUUUUUUUUUUUGACCUCAUGCAAAUUGUUCUCAUUGCCUGAAUAUGGGGAUAACCUUUUCUGUUCCUUGCAAUUCAACUUGCAUUCUGUCCUGUGUAGAGCAGCAGUGUCUCAGAUGAACUUGUUUCCUGGUUCUGCAUCUUGUGAUAUGUUUUUGUAUUUUUGUUUAAGGUCAAACAUUUGUAUAAAUUGUAAAUAUGUUUAGUUUAUUACAGUAAAAGCUUUAGUACAAACAACCACUCUUCUCCCCCCUCCCCUUCACCCCCUGCUUAUUUAAAAAAAACUUUUGGGGAUAUAAGUACCUUUUUAGAAGCAAAAGUAAACACUAUGUAUAGUUUGAAAACUGUCUUAUUCUUUAUAACUCUUCGUAGAUUUCUUUAUCAUACUUCUAAGUAAUUGUUUUGACAUAUUAGGGUAUCAAUCUGGUAGAUACUGUCUUGUGCUGCAGAAAAACUAAAAGGCAAUUUUGUACUAAUUAUAGUGUAAAUAUAAAAAUUGAACAUUUCAUAAAGUUGUGCAGUUUAAGUUUAUUGUGAUGUCCCAUGUAUAUGUUAUUUGGCAGAUACAUUAAUAUGUGCCUGAUCAUAAUUAUUUUGGUUGUCUCUCUAGAAGAGAUGAUGUCCCUCUCCUUUCUCCCACAGCUGAACAGAGUUCAUGAAGGACUACAUUUCGACUAAGUACAUCAGAGGCUUUAUUCUUUUAACUGAGGAUGUGUAUGAUUAAACAAAGCUAGAUAAGUUGUGUCCUUCAUAUUUUACAAAGGAAAAGUGGUAGCUAAUAACAGUUUCCUUUUUAAUGGCUUGUCUAUACAUAGAUACUCAGGUAAAUUUAAUUAAAUUACCAAAGUGUUUUACAACAAAGAGUUUUACAGGGGAUCACUUAAAUGAUGUUAAAUACUUGCAACGACUGCAAGUGAAGUGAAUUAACCUAAAUUAAGUUAAACUUGCUUCUUAAUUUCUUGUGGGCAUAUUGGUAAAGGAUUUUUUUGCUUAUUAACUAAUACACUGUAUAAAUUAAUCAGAAUUAAUUUUCUAGUGUCUCAUAUUAGACAGGCCUAUAGGCUCUACGUAUCCAUACUGAGCAGUCUUUGAGUCCCUCAACUGUUGCAUCAGUGUGACAUCUCUGAAGAGCUAUGCUGAGCAGCCAGUUACCAAAGUUAUGCAUCUUUAAAUCAAGUUUUCUCAAUGUACUCAAGAGAAAUGGGUGAGGAGAGAAUGUGUACAUUUUAUUCCAGAUAUGGGGAUUUUUUAUUUUUUCUUUUUAAAUUAGUGAGUUCUACCACUAUGUGCUGGACAAACCUAGCUAUUAUGCCAGUGAAGGCCAUACAUUUCCUAUGUUCUGUAGUUUUAUUAGAACUUGUGUUGCUAAGGGAGAUCACAGACGAACAGAAGGAUGUCUUUGAACAAAAUAUUCAGUUUACACAAACUGGCCCAGAAGUUAACACUCAUCUUUGAAAAGCUACUUUUUCAUUUUGCUAACAUUUGAUAGUAACUUAUAUCUGUGCUUUAUCAAAGACUCAUAACCAGGAAAAAUUAAGUUUGACUUACAGAGGCAUUGACUGGAUAUGGGAUUUCCCAUCUGAGGGUCAAACCUUCUCUUCAAUUUUCAGUCUGAAGAGACAGUUUUCUUUUGAAUUUACAUGACCAUUCUACUGAACCGUUUCAUAGCAUCUAGAAUUGUAGUAGCACUAAAACAUAGAGUUUGCGUUUGGAAUGUGAAAUGUUAAUCAUUCAGGAUAAUGUAGUUUCCUAGACGUUUAAAAUUAGCAUUCUAUCCAUAUGUAUCUAUAUAUUUGUCUAUAGCUGUGUUGUGAAUAUGUAUCUGUAUGAAAAUAACAGACCAGCUUUAGUGGUGGUCAUGUUCCUUUCAUACGUACUGAUGCAAAAGCAGAAUCUUAGGCUCUUCAGAAAAAAAGAAUUAUAUUUGCUACACUCAAACACUGUGAAGUGUUACGCCAUUUUAAAAUGAGAAAGUUAAAAAAAAAUAAUAAUUUGUACUAGAUUACUUAAUUUUUAGGCUGACCCUGUUUUCGUGUAGAAGUUAUUCCAGACAUCUGACUCUGUCUGCUUAGUAGUAGCACUGGCAAAGGCCAAGACAACAGUUUGCUUCAGUUGAGAACAUUUGGAUUUCUUCCAAAGAGAUACACAGUCACCGUGGCUUUUAAUUCACAAGUAUUCUUUUGCCUUUCUUAAAAGCUGAUAGUAGAGAAUCCAAAAAUGCAAAUAUUUAUAUAACUAUUGAAAAUAAACAUAUGUAUGUCAUGGUUCUGCUAUAAGUUGCACCAUAGUACUUGUUAGUAAGACUGACCACAUUAUUGGUAAUCUAGAAGUUCAAAAUGAUACCAUCAGGAAAAUCAUGACAUAUCUUGUCUUUGUCAGUCAUAGUCUGAGCUGCUAUGGAACGGGACAUUAUUUAUGCAUGUGCAUUAAUUUAGUCGCAUUUAUACAUUAUUUUUUUUUUCAAUUGUAAUGAAUUUUUUUUUCCCAGUCAGUUAUACUUGUAAGCCUUGUAUCUGAAAGCAUGAGGACUCAAUUUACAAUAGUCCUCUCAAUUUCUUGUUUCAUGUUUCUCCUUAUAUUUUGCAAAAGGUUUUUUUUUUUCAUUUGUCACAGUCAAAUAUAUUGCACCAGCAGAUA